AUAGCGACGUCUGAUUGGACUUACGCAGAUGUUGCUAUCAUUUAACGACACAUCGAGAGAAAAUCCCUGUCCCUCUCUUCUCUGAAAGUCGGUCAAAGGAGAACUGUAAGUCCUCCGUGCGCCUGGAGAACAUACGGAUUUCAUCAGCUCAGUAUUUUCCGCAGACUGCCUGCGAAGAUGUACCGAGGAUUACUUUGUGUGAUUUUGAUUCUUGUGUUGGAGCCCCGACUCAGUCAGUCCAGCUGUGAAGACCGAGGAGCGCAAAGAUCGGCUCCAGACGUGAACCCAAGUCUUCGACUCUCGGUUCGCAACUUGCUCAAAAGAUAUAAUGAUAUAGAUUAUGACAGUUUCGUCGGUUUAAUGGGGCGGAGAAGCGCUGAUGCCGAUGACAUGCAGUCUCCGCGUAAAAGAGAAAUGCAUGACAUCUUCGUUGGACUCAUGGGUCGACGGAGCAGCGAUGCUGACACGGGGCGCCCGUGGAGGAAAGAUUACCCAGACACGAGAGGCAUAUUCUUUAACAAAUGCAGACUGAGAUUUCGUCGUGGCUUAUAGAAAUGUUACUUCUUGCUCUUUGGAUCACCUGUACGGUUCUGACAAGACAACUCCUUUUCAUUUAAGCACUUUGGUGUAGAAACGUUCAGACUUAUUACAACAAAAACAUUCAACGCAAUUAUUCAUACUCAAUUUAUCAAAAAAGAUUAUUUUGAUUUGUUUAAUUAUUAAAGACAGAUUGUACACACCAGUUAGACAAACCUUCAGCUACCUUCUCCGCAAUGGAAUCUGAAUUUAUUUACAAGUUACUUUUGCUUUUUAAUGUAAACAAAAAAAAAGAAUUUGUAAAUAAACAUAUUUAAUUGA